GAAGCACCGCCUGCUCUUUAAUUUUCCCUUUUUGGUAAAAGGCAAAGAGCGGGCUUCCUUUCCUGUCAGCGGGACCGAUGGGGCGCCUGCGUGCUCGUGGACUGUGCGCGGGGCCUCGCACCCCCCGCGACUCAGCCGUUGAGCUGUGGGGCCAGCGCCAUUUUGUUUCUCCUGAUUUAACAAGCCGCCUUGGGCUGUGAGGCGACCGUCUUGCCUUCGCUGGAACAUGGCGUGGUCCAUCCUGGGAGGAGGUCACCGGAUCCUUACGAAGCCCAGAAACCUCACGGGCGGGAAGAAUCGGCUGAGGUAAGACCCAGGCCGCCAUGGAGCCGAGCAGGGAGCGGGAGCCGGCGAGCUCUCCGCUCGGCUCUCGUCCGUCCUCCUUGCCGCAGCCCCAGCCUGACGCCCCGUUUUCGUGGCUGCGGCUCUUCUCGCAGCUGCUGCAGCGUGUCCUGCCCAGCCCGCCCACUUCUGUCCUCCUGUUGAAGGCCGAGGCCCACGCGACCGACCCCGAGCCUGCCUUGCCCGUGUGGGGGGCUGCCGAGCUAGCCCCGCUUCUUGUCAAGCACCACUUCGGCCUGGUUUCUUCCUCCUCCUUCGUGCUAGGUGGCGGCGACGAGAACCCGCUUCCGCGGCCCUUGAGUGCCCUUUGGGAGCGGCCGCCCGAGGCCCAUCACAUCUGCUCUAAACUGCCCGAGAUUUUGCGGCAGGUGCAGCUGCGGGGCAGCAAGGCGGGUCUGGAUGCGCCGGAUCCUGAUUAUGGCUACCAUAGCUUGGAGGAAGAACAGCAGCAGCAGCGGGAGUCGUGGGCACUGGGAGAGCAUGCGGGGCCGUCGGUGGAUCAUGGUGAACCAGAGCUAAAGAGGCCGGACCCCGGAAACACGCCUGAGCCUCCCGCUGCGGGGGAUCCCUGCGAGGAGGCGGGAGCCGAGGCCAAAUCCAUCCCCGAUGGGGACUUUGACUUAGACCAAGAGUCAUUGUCGGUGGAGGCCAGACCGGUGUGUGCUAAUAAACUGAUAGAUUACAUUCUGGGGGGCGCCUGCAGCGGGGAGGAAAGCGAGGAGGGGGAGGAGGAGAACUGGGAUGGGGACGAGGAGAAUGAUGAUGGGUUUGAUAGCGAAGGCUCCCUUUCGGAAUCUGAUACGACCAGCCAGGAGGAGGAGAAUACGCAAUUGUGGAACUCCUUUUGUAGCCUAGAUCCUUACAACCCUCAGAACUUCACAGCUGUUAUUCAGACUGCUGGGAACGAAGCCGAAAAAGAAUCUCCUGCUGAGCCAAAUAGGGUAGAGGAUGCAGAGGAUUCUUCCUCUUGGACGGAAAGUUCAGGGGAGGAGGAUGACUGGAAUAGCAGUGGCCUAGAUGAAUCUGAAAACUUGAAGCUGUGGAACUCAUUCUGUAAUUUGGAAGAUCCUUAUAAUCCUCUCAACUUCAAGGCACAGUUUCAGACUGCAGGAAAAAAAGUGAAACAUGGCUUAAAAGGACCAGCUGGGACGUGCCUUGGCCUUUCUCAACAGAGUAUCUAUCUUAGUUGUCAAGUGCAUGUGCUUGAUAACUGUGAGCCUGAGAUGAAGGAAACUGUGAAGCAUGGGAUCUUUUCUAGAGAAAAGUACAUGAAGAAGAAAAAAAAGGUGACUUUCUUAGAAGAAGUUACUGAGUAUUACGUGAGCAAAGAGGAAGAUCGCAAAGGACCCUGGGAAGAACUUGCACGUGAUGGGUGCAGAUUCCAUAAACGAAUUCAAGAAACUGAAGAUGCUAUUGGGUACUGCUUAACAAUAGACCACAGGCAGCGAAUAAUACAAAGGCUCCAAGAAAUGUGUUACAGAAAGCUUGAUGUUUUCUAGCACCUUAAUAAACUAUUUUAAAAAACCCUCACAUUUAAUAAUGCUCAUGAACAUCUCACAAAAGAUCACUUUUUCUAAUAAAAUGGCAGCUUGCCUACAAAGAUCUAAAACUGAAGAACAGGAAUAAUUAAUACCACAUUUCAGUAAUCUGCCAACAAAUAUGCUGUAUGUAUCUGAAUGUGGUGUUGAAAUAAACUCUGUUGGGUAAUGUCAACUGCAUAACUAUUCCUUUUUAAAGCUGAGUGUCUUUUUUGGCAGGAACCAGUCCAGAGAUGCCUCUCUUUGCCAUAUAUAAGUGGAGUUUUGCACUUUUUAAAAGGGAAAUAUUUUGAAAGUGUAUUUAUUGGGUUUCAAGCCCAGCUACGCAGUUCUGAUUUAAAGUUUGUAAAUUGUAGUCUCUUCUGAUUUUCUUUGAACUUCCACAAUAGAAAAUGGAAAUUUUCAAAUUGUUCCUGUAGCUGAAAGGAAUUUCAUUUUAUUUUCCAGUCUUGAAUCUAACACAGUCUAAUCAUUUACACAGGUAUUUCUCUCUAAUGUCAAAAAGAUUGCAUCUUUGGUUUGAUAGGUCCAGUUUGUUCCAAACCACAUGCAAAACUUUUGUAUUGUGCUUUUCUGCACACAGAUGCUCUAGUCAAUUUGUAAACUACAUGUUGGUCUGCUGUGAAAGCAGUCUGAAUUUAAGCUGCCGUGAAAGUAGGUAACAAUAUAGUAUGUUGUCUUUUUCCUCUUUGGUUGUUAGUAUCUGACAGAAUAUUACAUAGCGUUCCACUCUUAAGCAUGGAUUACUGAAAGUAUACAGCACUUCUACAUGUUAUCAUCAUAUAGGACUUGAAAUCAGCUAGGCACUGUAGAAAGCAUAAACAACUUAAAUCAGUCUUCUUCAGUACUCAGUUGUGCCCAGCUUCAUGGAAAAUACCGGUAUUAGCUGCUCAAAAACUUGCAACAUUUAAAAGAUGUUUACCAAAACAGUAUUAAUAUAAUUAUAU